GAGAGAGAGAGAGAGAGAGCAGUUGGGAUAUAUUGCUUUCAUUAUCGUUCAAGUUUUUGACUCAUUACCUUCCUUAUCUUCGCCCUCUUCAAAUUCCAAAUGCAACUUCAGUUUAGUACUUGAGGCCGUAUCUUCUUCUCAACAUCCAAAGCUCACGUGUCCAGAUGUUUUGCACCAAAUCGAAUUAGGAAAUAGAAUGGAGAAUCAAGAGAUUGCCAAGAAUAAGGAUUUGAAGGUGGAGAUUUCGUGCGAGAACGAGAUCCCCGCCCCAUCCGUUCUCACGAGGCAGCCGAGCGCCACCAAGAACACCUGCCUGUGCUCGCCGACCACCCACCCUGGUUCGUUCCGGUGCCGGCUCCACCGUGCGCCGUCGCUCCAGAGGACAAGAAGCAUGGACACUUCAUCGAUCUUCACUCAAGAUUCACCCACAAAAAGCAGUUGACAAGAUCCCAUUCCAAUGAAAUGCUUUGAAGGUUAAGCUAAGCUAUGGUUUUUGGAUCAAAGUGGUCUCCUUUUGAUGUGCUGUAGAUAUUCUAGUUUUUCUUCAUCUGCUGAAGAGGCUAAGUCUGAUGGAUCAGCGCCCGGGUAAUGCAAAGGACUGUGUGUUUGUCAGCUAUUUUGCUUCGACAUGGAUGUCUUCGUCACUGUUAAUUGAAGAUUAGUAAAUACUUUUGCAUGGCCGAUCUGAAUUUUAUCAUGUAAA